AUGGACCUCACGAGCAGAGACGACCUCCAAGAGCUCCUCGAAUCCCUGUACGACUUAAGCCCCGGACUCAUCAAGACGAACGACCACUUCAUUUUGCUCCAAAGUUCCAAGUUGGAUCGUGAGGAGAUUCUUCGGUCCCUGCCAACAACUCCCGAGCCGUCACUGAGGCCCUUGCAUCUUCUAUACACUAUCUUGACCGAGAUACCUGGGCCAUGGCCGCCAUUGGCCCUCAUCAAUUGCCACACGAGACUUUCAAGAUUCCUCCCCGAGACGACAAAAACGAGUCCAGACAAAGAGUCAACAUGGCUCAUUGAGAGGACUGCUAGAUUGGUGAAGCAAUCAUAUCACUCAUUUGCGCAGUUCAUCAGCCAGGAUGACGGACCAGCUUUGCGAACCACGACCCCGGACAGCUAUAUCACCCAUCGCGGGCUCCGUAAAUUCAUCGAGACAUUUCGAUUACCCCUCGUUGAUGGGAAGAGAAAGCCAGUAGUCGCCAUUGCUAUACCUAACGGAGUGCUCAUGGCCGCGACUGUAAUGGCGGUGACGACAUACUACACAGCUGCUCCCAUCAACUCCGCUGUAGGGCCUGAACAGUUCCAGGCUGAUAUCCUUCAGGCUGGCGCGCAAUGCAUUAUUACAACAGCGGAAGACUACGAAAAGCUACGUCUGAGUGGUUCAUGGGUUAUGAAAGCCGGUAUCCAAAUCUUCUUUGCGGACUGGAACUACGGCGACGACAUCAUACUUCGGAGUUCGACUGGCUCGCCUUUACCAGCGACGGACGAACUGAAGCCCAAUUCUGCCGAUGACGUCGCGCUGAUUCUGUUUACAAGCGGUACCUCUGGGACGAAAAAGGUGGUUCCUUUGACGACGCACUCGAUGGUCGCCGGCAUCUCAUUUGUGGUUGACUACUGGGGUCUAACAACAUCGGAUAUUUGUAUCAACAUGAUGCCCCUGUUCCACGUUGGCGGCUUGAUACGAAACAUAUUCGCGCCAAUCUUUUCAGGCGGCUCGACAAUUUGCUGUCCGGCCUUCGAUCCAACGCUCUUUUGGGACCUGAAUGAAGAGAUCCAGCCGACGUGGUACUAUGCCUCUCCGUCUAUGCACUCAGUCAUCCUGGGAGAGGCCAAGUCGAGGUCGUCGGCGCUGCAGAAGAGCAAGAUUCGACUGGCAUGCAACGCAGCCGGUGGUUUACUUCCCUCGCUUGCCUGUCAACUGAAGGACACUUUUGGCUGCGUCGUCUUGCCAAGUUAUGGGAUGACGGAGUGCAUGCCGAUCUCAACACCUCCGCUGAACUAUGAACUAGACCGACCAGGCACAUCAGGAAUAAGUACAGGCCCGGAUCUAACGAUCCUUGACUAUUCCGACGCACGUGUAGCCCCUGGCGAGGUGGGCAGGAUAUGCGUCAGAGGAGAGCCCGUCUUUUCCGGCUACCUUAUGCCGGAUGGAAGUUUUGAUAAGUCCAAUUUCAACAAAGACGGCUUUUUCGACACUGGCGACCUUGGAUUCAUGGACAAAGACGGCUAUAUCUACAUCACAGGUCGGAGCAAGGAAGUUAUCAACCGUGGUGGAGAGCUUAUUUCUCCCUUCGAGGUUGAGAACGCCAUUAUGGCCGCAUCUAUGACAUCUGGAACCCCCAUUUCUGGUCGAGUUAACCAGGUUCUCGCCUUUUCGGUAACCCAUGAUAUUCUCCAGGAAGCUGUCGCCGUUAUCAUUGUUCCGGCACCCAAUAAGCCCAGAGUCGACUUGAAGGCCAUUCAAAAUGCCCUAAAGCAGUCGUUGCAGCAGGCUAAAUGGCCUGUGUGUGUCAUAUACAUGGACGACUUGCCGAAGAGAAACAACAAAAUCUUACGAAUUAGGUUGGCUGAACGGAUGAACAUGCCCCAGAUCACAGAUACGACCUCAUACCUGGACCGACAUUGGGAAGCCAACUGCCCGCCGCCGGACACUAGCCUUGAAGUGUCAGUCCCUGCGAAACUGUGUGUUAUCGAUCCGGAUGAAGUUGUCAGCUGCCUGUUUCCAAUUACUCCGAAGGGCUUUGAAGGUUAUCUCCGAUUUGAUACAGAGUCAGGCACUGCUGAGACGUAUUUUGCGCCAAAGAUGCCUGGUAUACAGCCGUUGAGCAUCGAAUUCGUGGAGUACGCCAGACAGAAGUUGUCUACCAAUAUUCACAACUACAUGAUUCCAGCCAAGUUCCACGCCAUGAAGCUCUCACUCCCACAGUCUGAGAAGGGAGUCGUCGAUGAGGAAAGACUUCAGAAUGACCUACAUCAGCUUCACACAGAGAAAAUCAGUGAACUGUCUAACCCAACUCAGGGGAAGGUAGCCAGGGUUUUUGCAGACGUCCUUUCAUGCGACGCAUCAGAUAUCCCCCUGGAUGUUGACUUCUUCAGCCUCGGCGGGGAUUCCCUCGGCGCCGGCAAGCUCAUGUCCGCGCUCCGAUCGGAGCUCAACGUUAGCAUCCCUAUCAGUCUCAUCUUCGAUGGCGGAACAGUUUCAGCGAUCUCAGCACACAUCAACAAGAUCUCUACCUUCACGCUUUACAGCGAUGAUGACAAGCGGAAUGAUGACUGUUUGGUUUGCACUGAGCCCAAGAGUUCGACGAACCCGUGGCUUAUGGCAGCACAGCUCCUACCGAUGGUGGUUUUCUAUCCCAUGCGCCGAGCACUUCAAUGGACCAUGUUUCUCGUCGCUUUCUCCCAAACUCAGUUCCUUCCUACAAACAACUCAGUUGCGGGACGCCUGCUCAACCUCACGGCCUCGAUCAUCUUCGCUCAGCUGGUGAUGAGACUGGUCAUGCCGUUCGCUGGCAUCAUCGCCAAAUGGGCAAUCAUCGGGCGAUACCGCGAAGGCAUCUAUUCUAUGUGGGGACUGUAUCACACCCGGUGGUGGCUUGUGCAGAAGAUCGUGAGUAUCUGCGGGGAAGGCGUUUUCGGAAUAUCCGACUACACGAUGUGUCUCUAUCUUCGCAUGAUGGGGGCUAAGAUCGGCAAGAACGUCAACAUUUCGGGAGUGUCCUUCGGUGAGUGGGAUCUGCUGGACAUUGGUGAUGGCGCAGAACUCGCCAAGUGUAUCUGCCGCCCGUUCGCUGUCGAGGCAAACACCUCGAUGUAUCUCGGACGUAUUGUCAUCGGAGACAACGCUUCGGUAGGCUUUGCGUCCAUCAUUGCGCCAGGGACCUCUGUUCCACCAAACACCUGCAUCGGCCCAAACUCUUCAAGUUUGGAACUCCACGAUGCCGACGAGUCGAACCGAGAUCUUCUUCCAACGAGAGCGCCAAAGCCGCACUGGCUUUUGGCAAUAUUUGGAACCGUCCCCCUGUUGGUAAUAGGGUGGUUUCUUUCCCUGACACCAUGGAUCGGCGGCCUCGUCGGCAUGGUUCUCCAUCAGCCCUUGAACAGCCAUACACCAAUGCGAGACAUCUUGGACUGGUUUACUCAGAGCCACCGAGUAGGCUACCACUAUCUUGCGUUGGUUCUUCGCUCUAUGUUCAGUCCGUUCAUUGUAUUUGGCUUCGCCGUUCUCAUCAAGCUCAUUCUCCACGCCAUUUUCGGGCCCCUGAUUCUGCAAGCUGGUCCGCAUAAAGGCUGCGGCAGUAUAUAUACUUGGAGGGUCGAUCUGAUGAGGAGGCUCCUUCCUGUUUCUCGUCUUCAUGAUCUCACGGGACUAUUCGGCUCGCACUACGAAGCCACGUCAAUCGCUAUUCGCAUGCUUGGCGGCAAGGUUGGCAAGCGCGUGUAUUGGCCCGGAACCGGCCCCGCUAUCAGCGAUUAUCACCUGCUCGACAUCGGCAACGACGUCGUGUUUGGCUCACGUUCGCACUUGGUCACGUCUGAUAGCAUCGGCUCGGAAAGGGUGACUGUCAAGGAUAGGGCCAUGAUUGCGGAUCGGGUUUGUCUCCUCCCGGGGGUCAAUAUUGGCGAACGCACCACGAUGGGGUCUGGUGCUCUGACUCGGAGGGGAAGGACAUAUGCAGAUGGCGGGACUUUUGUUGGUUCAAAAGGAGGUGAUGCAGUGUGUUUGACGAGCGGAAGAGAGAAUCUCAAGCAGGAGAGGCGAUCGAGCCGGGAACUUCUAGGUGAGAAAGGUUUGGUAGCCCCGACAUGGCAAGCCGAGCAUGCGACAACAACAAAGCUCCCGAUGAACGAAAAUGACGCGUCCCCGUUUGGUAGGGCCUUCUACUUGAACCAAGCAAGCUAUCGUGUUUGGGGUCCAACAGCAAUAUUCUUCUACUCGACCUUCAUCGCCGUCUUCACCUCCUUCUUUUGGAAUGUCCCCACCAUCUCUUCCAUCCAGAUCAUCAACCAAGUGUACGACAUCUUCCACGGCCAGAACAAGCACGAAUGGUUCUCCAUCAUUCUGCUAUACAUCCUUUCCUGCGUCGGCAUAUCUGUUCUCAUGACCGCGCAUGCCGUUUUCGCUCUAGCUCUGGUCAUCGCUUCCAAAUGGAUUCUUCUUGGACGACGACAGCCGGGCAAUUACGACUGGGACAAGUCGCCUUACUGUCAACGCUGGCAGCUUUUCCUCGCCAUUGAGAGGAUCCGACGCCAUUGCUACCGCGGCCAUGGAAUCCUCGGCAUGUUAACCGGCACGCACUGGAUCGUGCUGUACUUCCGAGCGCUUGGGGCUAAGAUCGGGAAGGACUGUGCCUUGUUCGCAAACGGGGAGCCAAGUUUGAUGUUCACUGAGCCAGAUCUCAUCACUUUGGGAGAUCGUGUUGCGGUGGACGAUGCUAGUGUCGUGGGGCAUGUCAACACUCGCGGCAAGUUCGACUUGAACAGGCUUGAGAUUGGCGACAGAUGUGUUUUGAGAACGGGGAGCAGACUGCUGAGCGGUGCUGUGAUGAAGAAUGACAGUAGUCUCUUGGAACAUACUCUGAUCAUGGGCGGCGACAUUGUCGAGGCUAAGUGGACGAUGCAGGGCUGGCCCGCUGAGAGGUUUACGGGGUCCCGAAUCGGGGCGGUGAUGAACAAGUCGCAGGAUAAUGGGUCCAAUGAUGUCGUCAAUAAUACCGAGUCGAAAAGAUGA